GCCUCCAUUUUUCUCUGCCAAACUUUUGCAAGCAGGCUCUCUCUCCCUUUUUUUUUUUCCGAUGCAUCUUCUCCUUUUCUGAUCCCGUUUUGUAUUUGUCCUAUAAUCGCCAUUUCACAUCGCGACCAACUUUGCCUUACACCAGCGAGUUAAACCCUAGAGAUACACUAAAACGUUAAGUGGAAAAACUGGGUGGAAAAGAAAAAUAUGGGUUAUUGUUGUUAGUACUGUUUUCGUUAUUUUAGUUCAUAUUUUCUGGUUGGGUAUUGCAUUGGAAUAUGGGUUUUGAUGUUGGCCGUCCAGAAAAUGUAUGCAGCUCCAGAUUUGUGGCGACCUGCUUGAUAGGCGGACUCUUUCUUGGGGCAUCCGUUUUGGGCUUCUACUUGAGGUUUCCUUUGCCCCAUCUUGGAUUCAAGAGGAGGAAGAAGAAACCGAUCCGCGUUUACAUGGAUGGUUGCUUCGACAUGAUGCACUACGGCCAUUGCAAUGCUCUACGGCAAGCGCGCGCCCUAGGCGACGAAUUGGUCGUAGGAGUUGUUAGUGACGCCGAGAUUACCGCCAACAAAGGCCCUCCGGUCACCCCCCUUCACGAGAGGAUGAUUAUGGUAAGUGCUGUAAAAUGGGUGGAUGAUGUCAUUCCUGAUGCACCUUACGCCAUCACUGAGGAUUUCAUGAACAAGCUUUUUAACGAGUACAACAUAGAUUACAUUAUUCAUGGAGAUGACCCUUGCCUUCUUCCUGAUGGUACCGAUGCUUAUGCUCUUGCCAAGAAGGCUGGUCGCUAUAAGCAGAUUAAGCGAACUGAAGGAGUGUCAAGCACUGACAUUGUUGGUCGUAUGCUUCUCUGUGUGAGAGAAAGGUCAGUUAAUGACAGCCAUAAUCAUUCUUCCUUGCAAAGGCAAUUCAGCCAUGGACACAGCCAAAAAUUUGAAGAUGGUGGAUCUGGUGGGACUCAAAUAUCUCAUUUCUUACCAACUUCUCGUAGGAUUGUUCAGUUCUCGAAUGGAAAGGGACCAGGACCUGAUGCUCGUAUAAUUUACAUAGAUGGAGCUUUUGAUCUUUUUCAUGCCGGGCAUGUAGAGAUACUGAAACUUGCUCGAGGGCUUGGAGACUUUCUUCUUGUUGGGAUUCACGCUGAUCAAACAGUCAGUGCUAAUAUAGGGGUACAUCGCCCUAUCAUGAAUCUUCAUGAGAGAAGUUUGAGCGUUUUGGCUUGUCGAUAUGUAGACGAGGUGAUAAUUGGAGCUCCUUGGGAAGUUUCAAGAGACAUGAUUACGACCUUUAAUGUCUCAUUGGUUGUCCAUGGAACGGUGGCAGAAAAUAAUGAUUUCCAGAAGGGGAAAUGCAACCCAUAUGCUGUUCCGAUGAGUAUGGGAAUCUUUCAAGUGUUAGAUAGCCCAUUGGAUAUCACAACCACCACCAUAAUAAAAAGGAUCGUGUCAAAUCACGAGGCAUAUCAGAAGCGCAAUGAGAAGAAAGCUGAAAGUGAGCGGAGAUACUAUGAGGGAAAGACAUACGUCUCAGGUGAUUGACUUAAAAAUGGUUCCAAAACAGAUCUCACUAGCCUUUGUGCCUAUAGUCUGCGAUCUCUUUUUUUUUCCUAGCGGAGGUCUAUUUAUAGUGGUGGCUGGAUUACCAACCAAUCCAAUUGAGAUGAUAUUUGCAACCAGGAUAGAUUGUCUCAUUACAAGGUCAAUUGUUGUCGAUGUUUCAAGGAGGCGGGUUUUUCUUCCACCCAUUCCCCAUCCCACCAUCCCCCCCCCCCCCCCUUUAAAAAAAAUCCCCAUCUACUUUUUAGUAUGUUAUGGGCUAUUUUUCCCCGAUAAAAUGUUGCUUGUAUUUGCUAUUUGUUGAUCACUUUUGGUGUACGAAUAUCCAUCCAUUUUCAUUUUCUUA